AUGGCGGGGUGUAAGACGAUCAAGACAGCCCGAACUCGUGGACCUGUACCAUCAUGGCCUCGAGGACCCUCUCUGCCCUCGGUCCUGCUGGCGUGGGGCAUCGCCUCGUUGUUCGCAGGCACGGCCCCACCGUUCGCUGGUACUGGUGCUGGUGCCGGCAUGGGGGUCUAUGCAGCAACGACUCUCCUCAACAUCAGUAGCUCCACAACGACGACGAUCAUGCUUGAUGAUCCGUCUACAAGUGUGUUUAGCCUCCCCGCUGGAACGAUGGCUUCGUUCGCGAUUGCUGCUCCCUCGGACACGGCGAUGAGUUCGAGUUCGACAACGGCGGUGCAAAUCAUGCUUAGCGUUUGCCAAGUACCGCUUUCGCUCCAGAACGCCGAUUCAACUACCGCCUUUGCGUUCUUGGCGAUCACUCCGACCUUGUUCAUCUCGAACGACUCGUCCCUCACUUCCAGUCCCGGACCGAAUGAUGGUGUUACCGAAUUGGCUCUCACCAAAGCGCAGAGGAAAAAUUAUGCGGUCCAAGCUUUCGUCGAUGGCUUCACCGAUGCUUCCUUUACUUCGACGACAUCGGGUGGUGGAAUUUUUAUCGGGGUUUUCGCACCCAACUCGACUGUGUCGGAUCAAUGGACUUAUUCACUCUCCGUCACUUCGUCCACUCAAGAAUCGGAUUCGAUCAUCCUCGAACCUACCGCCGGACUUCGCGUCGAAGGCACGGACUCUUCCUCCGCACUCUUGACCACCAGGGCCUAUCCCACCAACUCGACCACCCCGGCCUUUUCGAGUAUGAUCGCGCGAACAUCGAUCCUAUCCACCACGCUCGCUUCAUCGUUGUGCUUCCUUCAGAACGGAUUGGAGGACGUCGUUUCGAGUCGGAGGAUCAAUCAGACGACGACGACGAGGAAUACGGCGCAGGGGUACGUCAAGACGCAGUACUUGGUCGAAGGAUUGAGGAACGGAGUCAAUUACACGGCUUGGUUGGUCGAGACCGCGGCUGAUGGGUCGCGAAAGUUGUAUCCGCCGAAUUAUUUCGCUACUCAGACUUGUGAGUUCGCUUUACUCGAACUGCUCGACCUCGAUUUGGAUCUAUUGAUUGCUGUCGCUAACAAAAGAACGAUUCAUCGAUAGCAACCUCAUGUCAAUUGAUCUACGACGUCCCUUUGUGCCCUCUCGUCGCCUACGCCGUACCUUCACCACUCAGCGUAACGCCCGAAGCCCUCAUUUCCUUCUACUCCACGAACCUCUCCACCUACCUCUCAGCCUUCAACCGCACCCUAUCCACCUUCCCCUGCAACGACUCGACGGGUGAUUUUUCCCCUGUCGCGACGUGUCAGGAUUGUUUGGACGCUUAUACGAGUUGGCUUUGCGCCGUCACGUUCGUGAGAUGUACGGAUGCGCCGGAAGGGAGUACGGUCUUGGAGAAGGCGAAUUGGUCUGAUUCGUGGACGUUACCUUCGACCACUGCGACGGGAACGAAUGGGACUUCUUCAAGCUCAUCUCUAUUCUCCAAUGAGGGUAAGACCGAAUGGACUUCGACUAUCGUACGAGACAAUCCAACAGCUUCCCGAACCUCAUCACUCUCGUCCGAUAACCUAGCGACCUCUUUCCCUUCCCUCGUUUUUAAUACCUCUUUCACGCCCGAAAGAGCGAGUCCGUUCCCUUACGCCGAGGUAUUACCCUGCUUGGAAUCGGUGUGCGAACUCGUCGGAGCGAGAUGUCCUCCUUUGAUGGGGUGGGCUUGUCCGAGAGCGAAAGGAGGGAUGGGCAAGUCGGGUUAUGCGGUGCUGAAAGAGGUUGGGAGAGGGGAGAGACAGGUUGAGAGUUAUGGGGAGGCGCAGAAUGGAGGGAUGGUCAAGGAAAGUGUGGAAGGGAAAAAGAGGGAUUCGGAUCGGUUUGGGAACGUCUUGUAGGUCCUCGUUUGCGAAAGCGAAGAUGACGAGAAGACUGAUCCGCUUAAGCACUUUUUCGCCACAGUUGUAACUCCUUGGGGUCCGAUAUGCUCUUGGCGCAGCAGUUUGGUUGA